AUGCACGAUAAAUCAUUUCAUUGCCAGAAAUGUAAUGGAAGGGUCAAACUUGAUCCCUCAUUAAUGAAGCUAAAUCUGGCUCAGGUCAAUCUAUUAGUGAAUAAAAAUAAUAAUGAAACUUACAAUGAUGAUGAUAUGGUAAAACUUGAUCCAGCAGACUUUAUACCUAAGGAUAGAUUAGCCUUGUAUGACGAAGUUAAUAAUGACGUGCAAACGCCUAUUCAUUAUAAAAAUUUGAUUGACAAUAAUGAGCACGACAUAGAGAGUAGUUUUAAUUCCAAUAUAUUUGGAAUGCACAACACUGAAGAUAACGAGAAUGAAAAAGAUUCUUCACAAGAAAACGAUGACGAUCAUUAUAUCAUUAUAUCAUCUAGAAUUAAUACGUUAAAGAAGGUAUUUGGAAUUCUUUCUUCAAAUCAAGAAAUUGAUCACCCUUUAUGCAUUGAUUGUUCCAAUUUAUUACUAGCAAACUUUAAAUUGAAAUUCGAUCAAAAUCAAAGAGAGAAAGAAUACUACAUGUCAUUUUUAAGAAAAUUAAAGGAAAAGGAUAGCAAUGAAAUAAACAAUAAUGAAUUAGAUUCAAAAUUUGAUGAGUCUAUAGAUGGCUUUGAACAGCUAUCCCUGCAAGAACUAGAGAAAUUGCAAAAACUCAAACAACUCGAAGAACAUAAAAGCGAACUAGACAAGCAAUUAAAUGACUUGAAGGGUCAAUUGAAUAAGCUUAACGAAAAUGAAAUGAAUGAUGUUCUUAAAUUAAGGAAUAAUUUACUGCUAGAUUUGAAACUGAAAUUAAACAAACUCGAGCAAUCUAAAUCAUUGUACCAGUCACACUUGAACCAUUUAGACAACCUAAGAAAUUUGAAUAUAUAUAGUAAAUUCUUUCAGAUAUCAUUUGAUGAUAAUGAUACGUACGGUACCAUCAAUGGCUUUAGAUUGGGUUACAAAGUUCCGUGGUCAGAAAUUAACGCAGCUCUAGGUCAAAUUGUACUCCUAUUCAUCUUUAUAAUUAGACGAUUAGAUUUCAAGUUGAAGAAUUAUAAAUUGAUACCAAUGGGAUCUCAGUCCCAAAUAAUUAAAAUAUCUAAGAAUAAUUCAUCAACCGACCAACCUCACAAGACAAUUCUCAAUUUAUACUCCACAAAUGAUUUCUCAUUGGGAAAGCUAUUUAAUUUUAAUAAAUUAGAUGUUGCCAUGAUUGCGUUACUAGAUAUUUUAUCUCAGAUAGAGUCUAAAUUACUGGCUAUUGAUGAAGAGAUGGAGUUACCUUAUACAAUAUCUUCAAAACGUGAUUCCAUUGGUGGGAAGAGCAUAAGAAUCACGUCUAACACUGAAUGGACCCUUGGAUGUAAAUUCUUACUCACUAAUAUUAAUUGGAUCUUAACAUACACAAGUGUUCAUACCAAACCUUCCGUUGUAUAA